AUGUCGCAAACUGAAACCCUGUCUCUGAUUCACGAGAUUGAAUCUCUCUUCUCAGAUCAACUCCAAGUGGUUUCAUACAAGUGGUUUAGUCACAGUUAUUUGAUAUCCUCUGAUGAAUCAAAGAGGUUGCUUCAGGAAUUUGUUCAAAAACACGAGGGUGGGUUGGAAGUGGUUUAUGCUUUGUCUGGCUGGUUAAAGAGUACUCAUCCUAGCUACCAUAUAAGGCUUGUUGCUGAACCAAAACUUGCAGAAGCACAACAAGAGUUUGACGGGCAUUGUUCGGUCCAGGUAUAUAGUGUGCAAGCUAGCAUCCCAAAGGAUCCAACUGUGCUUUGGAAUGCAGAAUUCAUUCAAGCAGAAGAGCUCUUCAAGCAGCCUCCCUCGGUUGAUAGUUUCUUGAGAGACAAUAGGUUAUGUGGGAUCUCUAAUUCUUUUGUAAGAAGGAACUUGGAAGGCCAACUGGCAGCUUCUGCCACUCCACAAAUAAAAUAUUUAGCAGGCUUGGGACCAACAAAGAGUAACAUUGUUCACCAACCUCCAAAGAACACAGUGCCUAUUUCUAUUGCUAAAGUUGAUCACACAUCACAGAAUAUGAUGAUGACUCAAAGAUCAAAAUGA